AGAAGAUUGUGUUCUGUUCUGUGUGAUAAACUUAUAAAGUUAUUUUAAUCUUUGAAUGUUUGUGCCUUCUUAGUUCAAUAAAAUGGAAGCGUGUAAAGACACAAUAAGCGUCCGUGUGACUAGAUUAAAUAAUCAACUGUUGAAUAAGUCCACAAAAGACAAAGCACAACUGUUGAAUAGGGAAUGCCUAUAUGAUGCCCUACAACUGUUAUUUGAUGAAUGCAACUCGGAUUGCCUCAAGACCUCUGACAAACAGAUUGCCAGUUUUGCUGAGAAAUACAAAAAGUCUAUAAUUGAAUUGAAACAGUUGAGAGUGAAUAUCUCUGAUUUUGAAGUUAAAAAUGUUAUUGGCCAGGGACAUUUUGGUGAAGUGCAUAUGGUCAAGGAACGCCAAACUGGAGAUAUAUACGCCAUGAAAACAGUGAGAAAAUAUGAAAAUUCAGAGCAGAAAUGUGCUUCAUUUGAGGAAGAAAGGAACAUAAUGGCUUUAGCACAAUCCCCAUGGAUAACACAUCUUCAGUAUGCUUUCCAGGAUAACAGAAAUCUGUAUUUUGUUAUGGAAUAUCAUCCAGGUGGUGAUUUACUGGGCCUACUUUAUAGACAAGGUGGUACAUUGCCAGAGAGUGCAGCUAGUUUCUACAUUGCAGAAUUGGCUGUUGCAAUUAAUGAUUUACAUGAAAUGGGCUAUGUACAUCGAGACAUAAAACCUGACAACAUUCUAUUAGAUCGUUGUGGUCAUUUGAAACUUGCAGAUUUUGGUUCUGCUGUAAAGUUGAAUAGUAAGGGUGUAAUACCUCCUGGAGGCAUGCCAGUUGGCACUCCAGAUUAUAUAGCUCCAGAAGCAUUACAAUCACUUGAUAAAACAACAAAGCAAAAUGGGGCUUAUGGGAAAUCAUGUGAUUAUUGGUCACUUGGAAUUCUUGCUUAUGAAUUAACUAUUGGUGUAACACCAUUUGCAAGUCAAAAUACAACAUCAACAUAUUCGAAAAUUAUGAAUUUUACAAAAUCUUUAAAAUUCCCUGCAGAUAUUAUGUUAACGCAGUCGUAUUUAACGUUAAUUAAAUUGCUCCUGACUGAUCAGAAUAGCCGAUUAAACUUUGCACAGAUUAUUAAGCAACCGUUAUUUAAAAAUUUCGAUUUCAAUGGAUUAAGAGACCAAGUGCCUCCAUUUGUACCCAAAAUUACCUCAGUAGAUGAUACAAGCAACUUCACAGAUGUUGAAGUGAAGAAGAAACAACCCAAUAUAGAUAAUUUUAAAAGCAAAACUAAAUUCAGUGGAAAAAAUUUACCCUUUGUAGGGUUCACAUACACAUCUGAACCACAUGAUUACAAAGAACCUUAUAGAGCAAGUACAUUGAUCAAGGAUGAUGCUGUUGAUAAAUUGAGAAAAGAAAUUGAUACUUUGCAAAGAAAUUUAUUGAAAAUGGAUGGUUUAGCAUUGGAUAAAGAUAAUUUGGAAAGGAAAUUGGAGGAGAAAGUAAGAAAAUUGGAAGCGGUUGAGAGUAUUCGCAAUAGCUUAGAAAGGGAGUUAACAAAUAACAUUGCCGAGUAUCAUGUUUUGAAAAGGACGUUAGAUCUGGAACGUAAAGAUCGCUCAGAACUUGAAAGGAAGGCAUUAGACUUAAUGAAAUGCGCUAAACAAAAAUGGGAAUCUGCCGAAAGAGUUAAAAUGGAGGCUAUAAAUAAAGAGCUAGAAGAAUCCAAAGAAAUAUCUGAAAAACUUCAGUACGACGUCGAAAAAUUAGAGAAAGAACUGGAAACUGCUUGGAAAUUAUCAAACAAACAUAAAGCCUCUAUAGAAAAUGUGGAAAAAUUGAGAAGAGCAAGUGUUAUUGGUUUGGAAACACAAUUGGAACGAGUGACUGAAGAAACUGGAAGCAAAGUAAGUGCACUUGAAAGGAAGCUCAAGGAACAGACGUCUAUGAAGGAAAAUAUUGAGCAAAAAUUAAUAGAGUUGCAAUCAAAAGAAAACGAUUUGCUCAAUAAACUGGAAUUGUCUGAAAAACAUUGCUAUGAAUUAAAGUCUAAGUGCGUAGAGUCCGAAACAAUAAUAAAACAAUUGAAAAGUGAUAUAGACAUAUUAAUAAAAGAGCGCAAAGAAGUUGAUAAAUAUGAAAGUAUUAUACAUGAUUUAGAAGUGGAGCUGGCAACAUUAAAAGUAUUAUAUCAAGAAAAAAUAAUGGAAAAUGAAAAUAAUAAUGUACUUAAAAAGCAAAUUAAAGAUCUCAAGAGUGAACUCAAUACAAUGAUGAACUCGAAACUUAUUGCUGUAAACGAAUUAAAAAAGACAUACGAAAAUGAACAUUAUCAAUUAACGAAUAAAUUGAAGAAGGUAGGUAUUGAGAAAAAUGACUUGGAUAUUAAAUAUAAAGAAGCUGAGUUAUCGUUACAAGAUAAAGAAGAGAAAAUGAAUGCUUUGGAAGAAAUGUUAGGUAGACUUCAGUCUGAUUUAACCAAAUUAGAAAAUGGUUCAGAAAGAGAAGCAGUCUUGCAGGAACAAAUUGAAAGACUGGAACAACAAUUGUUAGAUGAGCACGAAAGUUCAGCUGUAGAAAAACAAGAACAUAGUCAACUAAAAUCGAAAUUUUGGCGAAUGGAGAAGGAUUUAAAUAAUGCACAAUUAGACAAAAAGAUUGUUGAGCGUGAUUUACUAGAAUCUCGAACUAAAAACAAAGAACUUUCAAAUGAUAUUCAUAAUCUGAAGCAACAAAUUGACUCCAGUAAAAAAAGCAACGAAUCAUCACUUCAUGAUUUGAAUGCUUUAAAUACGAAGUUAGUCAAUGAAAUAUCCUGUUUGAAAAUGGAAAUAAAAAGUGUUCAAAAGAAAAUAGAUGCGGGAAAACAAAGAGAAAAUAUUUUAUCCGAGGAAAUUGUAAGUCUAAAAGACGAAGUCAGAACUAAGGAAUUAAAAGUUUGCAACGUUUUGAAAACUGUGAAUGAUAUUAAAAACGAAAAUGAUAUACUUCAGAAGAAAAAAGGGGAAUUGGAAAGCCAAAUGGAUAAGUAUAGAAGUAAUCAAAAAUCGAUGGAAAUAGAAAAUGAAAAAAUGAAGAGCGAUUUAAAAAGUGUACAAACAAGUUUAGAUGAGAGUUUAGUGAAUCGUAAAUCUCUGAGAGAUGCGUGUCGUAUUUUAGAAGAUCAGUUAAUUGAGUUUGAGAAAAUAUUGGAGGUUUCCAAUUCUAAAAUUUCACAACUACAAGGCGAAGUCAAAGAACAUCAAAAUAAAAUGGAUCAGCAAAAAGCCGAUAUUUUGAGUUCUAAGAAACAUGCAAAUGAAGAAAAAUCCCUGAAGUUGUUAGCUGAAACUAAGCAUAAACGUUUAAAUGAAGAUUUUAUUGCCAUCAAGAAGGAACUCGAUUCUUAUAAAGAAGAUUGUAAAGAAUUUAAAGAGUUUUCUAAUACGUUAUCAGAAGAAUUAAAUGAAAGCGAGCAGAAGAACGCUUCUUAUCAGAUUACCAUUAAAUCAUAUGAAAGGCAAAUGGAGCAGUAUGAAUCGGAAAAUAAAGAUUUGAAAGAAGAGAAGUCUGCACAAUUAACUGUUAUCAUUAAUUUAAAAGAAUCGAAUUAUAAACUGAAUAAAAGUUUCACUGAAGCCAAGUUAACAAUCACCGACUUGGUUGAACGAGUAAACGAUUUAGAAUCUCAGCUACUGGAGAAAACACAAUAUUAUUCAGAAAGAGAACUGAAAGCUAACUCGAGAUGCGAACAGCAAACGAAACUUAUUGAUUAUUUGCAAUCUAAGAUUGAAGAUGCUGGAAAGAAGAAAAAGACAUUUUCUGAUAAACUUUUUGGAAUAUCGAAGAAGGAAAAUGUACCGCCAAUAUCCAUAGCUCUUAAUUACAAAGACAUGGAGCUACAACUAAAAAAAGAAAAGGAACAUACUAAAACAUUGAAUCAAGAAAUUAUUAAAUUAAAAUCUGAAUUAUACGCGAAAUCAGAGAAUGAUAUUCUUAAUGAAACCGUUAAACAUGUGAACAUGCAAGACGAAAUGCUGGCACAAAUUGUUCAAAGUCCAUCAUCGCAAAAAAACGAUUUGUAUCGCCAAAAUUCUGUUCAGAGGAUGCAUCAUAAUAUACCUCAUAGAUUUGACUCAAAGUUGUGUACGAAACCAACAAAAUGUGCUCAAUGUGGAAACCAUAUUAUGCUUGGAAGACAUGCUAGUAUAUGUAGAGAAUGCCACCUGGCAACGCAUACGAAUUGUUCCAGUUCCUUGCCGAGUACUUGUGGAUUACCAUCGGCGUAUGCUAGGCAUUACACAGAAAGUUUAUCAAAGAUAAAUGUAGAAAUUCAAAACCGAGUGAAUGAUGAUGAAAAACGUAUUACCGAAGAAAUUAACGUUGAAGGAUGGGUGAAAAUUCCAAAUGGAUCUUCUGGAUGGGAAAAACAUUAUGCUUGUCUAACUGCCACAACUUUCAGCAUUUACAAUGAACCACCAAACAAUAGAGCAGCAACGAUCCCAAUACACUCAUUGCACUUAAAUUCCAAUAAUGAACAUGGAAAGAUUGUUUUAGAACCUCUCGCCUCGGAAAUCGGAGUUCCGGUGGCAAACAGCGAUCUUCCUUUCAUAAUAAAAGUGGAAAUAAGCCCAAACUCGACGUGCUGGCCAUCGCAAUGCAUAAUAUUCAUGACUCUUAGCAUCGAGGAUAAGGAAAAAUGGUAUAAAGCUCUUCAUAAUGUAUUUCAAAGUCCCGAGAAGUUUCUAGGUGAUGUCAUUUUUAAAGUCACCGAUGAUCUAGAGGUAAACUGCUUGGUGGAAUUGAAUAAAGACACCAGAAUUAUAGGCACUGAAGCUGGAUUAUAUGCUAUACAAAAAAAUAAGCUGCUGCAUAUUAUGGGACCGACGAAGGUAUUUGAAAUCGUUGUUAUAAACUCCCUGAACUUAAUUCUGAUGAUUGUCGACGAGUGUCGUGUAUUGAUUUCAUGCGAUUUGAAACAUAUGAUUGGUUUAACUGAAUGUGCUCAAAUCACUAAACCAACAUUGAGAUUCAAAACCCAUUCCCUCAAUAACUUGGACGGUUUCCACAUUAUAAAAGCAACGAAUAAGAAUGCUUGCAUUGCAAAUCCUAAGCAGAUCGUCAUUAUGAAAUAUGAUAUGGGGAAGAAAGAAUUUUCGCCGGUGCGAAUUUUGGAUACAGCACAACCUGUUAGUUGCAUAUUGUUUACGGAGCACAGUUUAAUAAUAGGUGCCGAUAAAUUCUUUGAGGUUGAUUUACUGAGUUUCGAAGCAGAUGAGUUCUUGGACGUUUCAGAUACAAAACUGAGCAUUGCCUUGAAGUGCUUCAAAAUGCAGUCGUUUCCCUUAUCUAUUAUGCAAAUAUCCAGUUCGCCAAUCGAGUAUUUAGUGUGCUUUAACGAAUUUGGAUGCUUCGUUGACGCUUAUGGUAGAAGCAGCAGAAACCGAGAAAUUGCUUGGGUGCAUUUACCACAAACAUUCUUCUAUAGUAAAUCAUAUUUGUAUGUGGUGCAAUUCAAUGCAGUUGAAAUAUUUAAAUUAACGAGCGAGAAUUGCGACGAUGAAAAAAUUGAAACUAUUAAAUUUGAUAUACAAGCUCCGAGAUUUUUGGGUGCGAACGAUAAGGGUGUUUAUUUAUAUUCAAUGAAUGACAUCAAAUAUUUGGAUGCUUUCGUUUUGGAUGAUAAUGCCUCUGAAACUACGGAACAAAGGGACGAAGUCGCCAGUAACUCAGAUAGAUUUAGCUUCACCAGUUCUAUAGUACAAAGUUUAGAUGACAACUUAAGCGAAGCUGAAGAAGAGGUUACUUAUGUUAAUGCAAGGAAGGUGAAAUUUAGUUCAACAGAUUUGUAAUUCUUUCUUUUUUUCAAACAGAACUUGUAUAUAUUAAAUAUUUAAUAAGUACACUUAAAAUGAAGCUUGGCUUUGUGAUAGUUAUUUUUAAUGUUAACGAAAUAAUACAUUUUUUUGUUGCUUUUAC